UCGUUGCAGUUUUCCGAUGGGGAUCAUUUGCGCUCUGGAAUCUUCUCUGAAACUGGUUUCUUGCCCAUCGAAUUUUUUGAGAUAUAGACGGACCAGCCGACAUGUUGCAUCUUUUAAUAUCGCCCUAUCGUCCUACGAAGAUCACAGAAACCGCUGUCAGGAACACUGUCUAAUUUUGUGUGUUAAAUUAGGGCGUCUCACGGAAUACCAGGUCAUCGGGCGACAUCUGCCCACAGAGGCAAACCCCACACCAAAACUGUAUCGCAUGCGCAUCUUCGCUCCGAACACAGUCGUUGCAAAGUCAAGAUUCUGGUUUUUCUUGAUGAAGCUACGAAAAGUGAAGAAGGCAAAUGGUGAAAUUGUGUCCAUUAAUGUGAUCCACGAGAAGCGCCCACUGAAGGUUAAGAACUUCGGUAUCUGGAUUCGUUACGAUUCGCGUUCCGGCACACACAACAUGUACAAGGAAUAUCGGGAAAUGUCGCGGACUGAUGCUGUUCAAGCACUCUAUCAGGAUAUGGCUGCCCGCCAUCGUGCCAGAUUCCGGUCCAUCCACAUCCUGAAAGUUGUCGAGCUCGAAAAAGCCGACCUUAUCCGACGACCAUAUAUCAAGCAGCUUAUCACCAAGAAUCUCAAGUUCCCUCUCCCGCACCGGGUUCCCAAGGCUUCAACUAAAAAGAUAUUUGCAGCUCAAAGACCUUCGACUUUUGCUUAGGUGGAUUUGGGGGUUUUGUUGGCGUGGAAAAUGCGGGGAUGCGGCAUAUGAAUGAACUGCGCUUAUGGCUAUUUACACUUGUGUAUUGGGCUGAUGGACUGGUCGAAACGUACCCUUCCGUUGUCGCCAUGAUCCAGCGGCCUUCCUUUUAGUCUAUGGAGCGAAAACUUUUUAAAUUUUAUAAAUUUUUCUAAAAAAAAUUCAUGAUAAUUGUUUAUUUUAAAAUCUGGGCUCAUAAUCCCUAGCCGUGAUUGUAUCAGUAUUCCGCAAUGAUAUUGACAUUUUUUUA